AUGAGGCGCGAUGACGAAUAUGACUUGGGCAGGAGGAGGCAGGAGGACAAUGGGGUAAUUCUCCACGAACCAGGGUACAUCCCUGGCGAAUCAGGCAUGCUAGCAUCAAUGCUUCAUCUGUCUAUAAAACCACCUCCCAACCUCGGGGCCUCAGUCUUUUCCCCAUCCACUUCCAUCCUCACGAGCUCGCGAUCAGAUCAACUUAUUGAACUCCCAAACAAAACUUUCCAAACCCAGAAGAUCUCUCCAAAGAUGUUGUUUAAGUACUUGUUGGCGCCUGUUGCUUUUGCCGCCGCUAGCGUGCCAUCAUACAGCCCCGGGGAGAAGUCAGUUUACAAGACGUUCGAUUUCCAAACGGCGGUUACCGCCACUACCCAGUACGAAAAGUCAAUCACCAGUGCUUGUGGCCAGGACAAAGUGCAAGACGUCAUCAGCGAUUUGAAUCAUAUCUACAAACCCGUCGCCGAGAAUACUGAGAAGUUCCGCACCUCUAUUGAGAAGUAUGACGCUAACUUUCUCUCCGAGCAAGCCAUAAUCUUCUCCGGGUUCUUAAAAAGCUUUGAAAAUAUCCUCAAGGCCAUUUCCCAACGCCCCAAAAUCUACCAAAGCUGCAAUUCGAAAUUUUCGGAGUUCGACAACAAGUUCAGUGUGAUCAUCACCGGAUUCAAGCGAGACAACGUCGAUCUACGAUCCGCCUUCAGUGCAGUCAAGCUUGACACCUCUCUCUUCGCCAAACCUGACCUUGAAGACUACGGACCGCGUGAACACGUCUUAGACAUCGCAUAUGGAGCCCAAACAACCACCAGCCGUCGCUUUUCAGCUACCACCAAUCGACACAGCCUUGUCGCCAAACUCAUCGGCGCCUCGGGACUCUAG